AAGUCGCUCUACCAGCGCUUUGUCGAUGCCAAGACCCACCGCAAUGUCCAGAUUUCAGAGGAGGACCUGAAAAAGUACACCGGAAUGUCCAAGGCUCAGCUGACGGAUUGGGCUAAGGAUCGGCCUGGUGUUGCUGGAAAUCGGGCUGCCGGCGGUGUCGCGAUCGGCCAGGCCAGCGGAAUUGGCGGAUAUGAGGCUGCUCACGGCCUCGGCGGCUGGGGUCCGGAUGCUGCAGGCAAGCUGAAGUUCCCUCCCAAGCCUCGCCAG